UGUGUCUCAGGUGUUCCAUGUCUGUUGUUGUUAUUUAUUAAUAGAGUCGUUUAAUGAGGCCAUUUUUAGAGCUCUAACGAGGGCAGUGAUUAAGGAGUGGACUGAUAAUUACCUCCUCUUCCUCCUCAGGACAAUCAUGAUGUCGCCGGAUGACCGAGCCCUCGAGGACCUGUUGUACAGCAGUGACCUUGGUGAUGAGGUGGAGGGGGCGGAGCUUAACGCCACCCCGGAGGGUGCAGAGGAGACGGCUGCUGCUGCAGACAAUGCUCCUGCAGCCGUGUCCAUCCAGGAGCCGAUGAUGUGCACCGGCUGUGGCGAGCAGGUAUGCGACCGCUUCUUCCUGUUGGCUGCGGGCGGGGUGUGGCAUGGCGCCUGCCUCCGCUGCAGCCAGUGUCACUGCGAGCUGCAGACGCACCCCUCGCUCUACUGGAGGGACGGAAACAUCUACUGCCAACAGGACUACUGCAGGAUGUUCGGAGGCGGUCAGUGCGCUCGCUGCUUCCAGCCAAUCCCGGCGUCCGCUUUGGUCAUGAGGUCCGGUGAUCUGACGUUUCACCCUCACUGCUUCUCCUGCCAGGAUUGUGACGUCAAACUGAUUCCAGGGAACUUGUACUGCAUGCAGGGUCAGAACAUCUACUGUCAGUCUCAUUACCACGACGACGGGAGCUUCACGCUAACAGACGACCAGCCCGAACAAAACACCAAAGACGCUCAAAAUCAGGCUUCAGCUGAAGGGGAGGAGUCUGUCAGCAGCCCUGAGCCACGAUUGGAUGACAGGGGAGCAGGUGAGCGGACCCGCAGGAGGACCAAGAGAAUCCGGACGUGUUUCCGCAGCGAGCAGCUCCGAGCGCUCGAAACGUAUUUCGCCCAGAAACACAACCCGGACGGGAAAGACUGGACCUGCCUCGCACACAAGACCGGCCUGCCCAAGAGAGUCCUGCAGGUGUGGUUUCAAAACGCUCGGGCCAAACUGAGACGCUCCCUCAGCACUGAGGACUCCGGGGUGAACUCACCCUCCGCUCCCCUGAGAGGUGUUACCAUGCCAACACGGUCCCCGCCCCCAAACUGCUCUUCAUUGGACCAAUCACGUCCCUUCCCCAACAGCACCAUCGACCACCUGCAGCUCUCUCUGCUCACCUCCCCGCUCAGCGACCCACCUGUGAGCUCGGCCUUCAACCAGCCUCAUCAGCUGCUGCAGAGCCCAGACUUCCUCCUGGACUACGACUCUCAGAGUGCACCGGGGUGUGCCUCCUCUCUGGAGGCCUACGAGGACUUUGGAGAGGCAAGAGGAGGAGCAGAAGGAGUGGUUGAUCCUGAGAGUAGUUUUAGGCCACAGUACUGCUAGUCGAGGGUUUCAAUCUGUGAGUGACUUCUUUUUAGAAACAAGAGAAAGUUUGAUCUUAAACUGCUUUCAGAUCAAUCCAGCGACAGGUGGGAGAAAACUUAUUUUGUAGGUUAUUCUGUUUUCUUUCAACACCAACAAUGAACACUUUGUAGAUUUUCAAACUGUUGUUGUCUGCUGAGAAAACGAGCAUCUGGUUUCAGGUUCUUCUCUUCCUGUGUGACACCUGAAGGAGAAUAAAACUGUUUCCUGAAAGAUCUGUUCUCUAAGCGUCCUCUUUGUGUAACACACGAUUCAUCCUCCUUUUGCUGCUUUCUCAAACCCCUGUGUGUUAACAUGACGUACAGUAUGCAUACAAUUAGGAAACUUGUUGAUUAAUUCAUAAAUAUUGGACGUUAUUGAGAUUAUAAAUUACUUAAAGGUCACAUAUUCUCUAAAAUCCACUUCA